AUGGCAUUAUUGGGUAAAACAUUAAAAGGAAUAACAACCAAGUCUGGAGGAACUGAGUAGAAGGAAAAUAUCAAAAUAAGACAGGUAACUAUACCCUUACAGGAAUUCGAAGAGAGUCAAAAAUAGGCCCAGGUAAUAUUAUUUACAUUUAUAUAGUUUAAAAAAGAGUAACUACGAAGUAAAAUUAGAGAGUAGCAAAGAUUGUUAAUUUCAAUAAGAAGAAACUAAUGGCUUAUUGUAGAAGGACUAUGAGAGCUGUCAAAACACAACAAUUGAAAUAAGAUACUGAAUUAUACUAGCAAAACAAUAAAAGAGAAUUAGAUUCAAAAGAAGUCUUCAUUCAAAUGCUUGAUAAGAAUCUAGAUGAAGCAGAAGAUCAAUAUCAAAUUGCAUAAAGGAACCAUCUUAUUGAUUUGGAGAACUUCCAUUUCUUAUAGGAGAGUAGAUAUAGGGCUUUAUUGGACGAGUUUGAAAGAGACAUCAAAAUACUUUAAGAAGAAUUUUAAAUUGAAUUUGAUGAUAUGACUAAGACUCAUGAAUAGCAAGUUAAAGAGUUGGAACAAAUGAUUAAAACAGUUGAAGUGGAGGAGAAGAGAAAGGCAGAGUUGCUAAGAAUUAACAUUAAACUAAUAAGAAGAGACAAAAAAUAAGGAUGUAGAAAAAACGAGUUUGAUAAAAUAAUAAUAAUUAGAAGAUAAACAAACUAAAUUUUAUUAUGA